UGCCUUCGGUAAAACCCGGCUCAUCCCUGAAAAAAAGCUGCUAAUACUUUCAGUCACUGCGUAGCUAGUAAGCGAACAAAAGACCAGUUCUAAAGCAAAAAAAUUUCAAUUAGCUUCCACUGGGAUGACAAUGGCGGAGCCAAAAACCAAGUACGAUCGACAACUCAGGAUCUGGGGUGACCAAGGGCAAGCUGCGCUCGAGAAAGCGAGCAUUUGCUUGCUUAAUUGUGGUCCUACUGGUUCGGAGACGCUGAAAAAUCUCGUGCUUGGUGGAAUUGGGAGCAUUACAGUAAUCGACGGAUCCAAAGUUGAACUUGGAGACCUUGGAAAUAAUUUUAUGGUGGACGAUUCCAGCAUUGGGCAGUCAAAGGCCAAGUGUGUAUGCGCGUUCCUUCAAGAGCUAAAUGAUGCCGUUAAAGCCAAGUUUAUUGAGGAAUUUCCAGAAACAUUGAUCGCUUCUAAUCCCUCAUUCUUUUCUCAGUUUACGCUCGUUGUUGCUACACAGGAUUUGGACUCGGGGAGGACGAUUGGCAGUGCUAAGAUGAGCUCGGGAUUAUAUUUGCUUCAAGUCAACACCUCUAAAAGACAAGCUCACAAUGCAUUGAUGGAAGAUUCAAUGAUAAAGCUCGAUAGAAUCUGUAGGGAGGCCAAUGUCAUGUUGGUAUUUGCUCGCUCCUAUGGUCUUACUGGUCUUGUUCGCAUCAGUGUGAAGGAACAUACAGUCAUUGAGUCAAAGCCUGAUCAUUUUCUAGAGGACCUUCGGUUAAAUAACCCAUGGCCUGAACUCCGGAGAUUUGCAGACAGUAUUGACUUAAACGUAACUGAUCCUAUCGCCCAUAAGCACACACCUUAUGUGGUCAUUCUUGUGAAAAUGGCUGAAGAGUGGACCAAAAACCACAGCGGUAGCCUUCCAUCUACCAGGGAAGAGAAAAAGGAAUUCAAGGAUCUUCUUAAGGCCAAGAUGAUUGCUAUGGAUGAGGACAACUAUAAAGAAGCUAUUGAGGCAUCCUUUAAAGUCUUUGGUUCUAAAGGAAUUAGUUCAGAGCUGCAACAGAUAAUCAAUGACAGUUGUGCUGAAGUUGAUUCUAAUUCAUCAGAUUUUUGGGUUAUGGUGGCAGCUUUGAAGGAGUUCAUUUCAAAUGAAGGUGGUGGGGAGGCACCCCUUGAAGGCACCAUACCAGAUAUGACAUCUUCAACUGAGCUCUAUGUAAACUUGCAGACAAUCUAUCAGGCUAAAGCAGAGGCUGAUUUUCUUGUGAUUGAGAAACAUGUUAGGAAUAUUCUGAAAAAAAUUGGUAGAAACCCAGAUAGCAUAAAAAAGUCAACUGUAAAGAGCUUCUGCAAAAAUGCUAGAAAAAUAAAAAUUUGCAGGUAUCGCCUUAUUGAGGAUGAGUAUAAUAAUCCUUUCCUACCACAGUUACAAAAGUAUUUGACCGAUGAGGAUUACAGUAUUGCUAUGGGUUUCUACAUUCUUCUUAGAGCUGUUGAUAGAUUUGCUGCUAAUUACAACAGUUUUCCUGGCCAGUUUGACGGAUUAGCGAAUACAAUUCCCAAUCUAUUUAGAAGAGAUAAGUUAUCAAACUUAUUCUACAUCAAAAUGUAUCCCAGAGGAAUGGACGAGGACAUAUCUCGAUUGAAAACUACAGCUGUUGGUCUUCUCAGUGAUUUGGGUUGCAAUGGCUCUACGCUAACUGAGGAUCUUAUCAAUGAGAUGUGUCGAUUUGGUGCUGCGGAGCUUCAUGCCGUUGCUGCCUUCAUUGGAGGAAUUGCAUCACAAGAAGUAAUUAAGCUCAUAACAAAACAGUUUGUUCCUAUGUCGGCUACUUACAUCUUCAAUGGCAUUGAUCACAAGUCUCAACUGUUGACGCUGUAGAAGAUUUGAGCUUGGUGGGCAUCCAUCAUAUGUUCAGAUGCAAAUAGCUGGUGACAGUACCCAUUCACCUCCUCUUUAGAGCCAGAUCCUCAUGCUGCUGGAUGGAGUUGUCAAUUCUUUUGCAGGUUCAACAUUUUUCGCGAAUUUAGAGAUUGAGGUAUGUUUUGCAUCGUUAUGGAAUAGCGGAAUCGAGAUUGCUUAACACUAUAGUUCUUAUGCUGCAUUUAUAUGGAAAAUUAGGGAUUGCAAAAUGAAGGGAAUUACAACAAAGAGUGUUGAUGAGAGAGUAAAUUAAGUUAUAGGACAGCUUUUUCUUUUCUUUUUUGGGAGGAAAAGAUACCAACGAUAGUUUUAUUAUUAAACUCCUCUGAUCACCCAUAUUGGCUGAACUUCUCUCCUGUAGAACUUUGUUUGUUGUCAGUUGCUUUUUCGUCAUACUGAGAAGACUGAAGAUUCUCAUGUCAAUUUUACCCUUUCAACUUCUGUAUCAGGGGAACAUGUAAUGUUAAGGUUGCUUCUAUCUUAUUGAGAUUUCCAAUCAGCAAGCCUUUCGUCAAAUUUGUAAUAA